AUGCAAUUUAGUAUAGAUGACUUCGACCCUGUUAAAAGAAAAAAAAAAGUAACUAAACUUCCUCUUAAAAAAAAGAAAACAGACACACUUAGUAAAUCAGAAAUAUCUCCAAUUAGUGUAGGUGGUAUUGGAGAAGAAAUGCUGAAAGUUUUAGGAUGGAGUGAAGGAAAAGGAGCAGGAAAAUUUGAACAAGGAAUUGAACAACCAAUUGAAAUUAAUCAAAGUAAUGAAAGGUGUGGAAUUAAUGAACAUCUUAUUAAUCCACAAACAAAUGUUGAGAUGAAAUUAAAACAUUAUGGAAAAGAUGCAACAAAUGAAAAAAUAGAAGAAAUGAUAAUGUUAGAAGAAAGAAUGAAAGACAUUGAAAUAAAAAUAAAUGAAAAAAAACAAAAUAUUCAAGAUGACAUACAAAGAAGUAAACAAAAAAUAAGUAAAUUAGCAAGUCAAGCUGCAAUUAAUGAAGAAGAAAUUGAAAGAAAAAAUAAAGAAAUAAAUUUAUAUGAAAAAGGAAAAAUAAUAUUUCAAGAAAUAAGAGAAGGGAUGGAGGGAAUAAUUGAUCAAGAAGACUGUAUUAAAUUUGUAGAAAGAAUUUAUAAAUGGAAAGUUUUAAGUCAUUUUGAAAGAAAAGAUGUUAUUGAAUUUUCAAUUCAAAAAGUUAUUGAAAGAGCAUUAGAAGAAAUGCAAUUAAAUGUUAUUGUAUGGAAAAAGAGUAAUAAAACAAGUGUAAAUCCAUAUUUUGAAUUAUUUUCACGGUUAUUAAUGAUAAAAGAUUAUUUAAUUAAAGAAAUAAUUCAAAAACAAUGUGAUAUUAUUUUUAUUCAAUUCUUAAAAGAAAUGAGUAAUGAAAAAAGUGUUAAAUGGUGUAUUGAUUAUUAUAAUUUAAAUAAAGAAUUAAUGAGCGAAGAAGGAAUAAAUAAAAUAAAAUUAUUAUUUAAUGAAAUAAUUAAAAAAGACAUUACUUUUGAAGAAAUUAUUCAAAUUGAAGUUAUUUUAGAUACUCCAAACGAAGUACUUGAAAAGAAAUUAUUUAAAAAUAUUAUUCAAUUUAUUGAAAUGAAUCAAAUACCUAUUAUUAAAGAAGUUUAUAAAACUCAAUCUUCUAAAAUUCAAAUAUUAAUAUUAAAUUCUAUUAAAUCGUAUAUUUAUCAAUUAAUUCAAAACAAUCAAAUUAUUCAAAGUUUAAAAGUUUUAAAUUAUUUUAUUAAUAUAUUUUCAUUAGAAAUUCAACAAAAUAUUAUUAUUGAUUGUUUAAAAAAAUUAUCUUUUAUAAUAAAUUCAAAGCCAUAUUCAUUGGAAGAAUUAUAUAUAUUUUAUAUUCACUUAAGACCUCUUAUUCCAAACGAAUUACUUUGUCCUUCAAUAGAAAAUGAAUUACGUUCAUUAUUAUCAUUAAUUGAAUUAUUACUUUAA